CUUCCGCCAUUUUGUUACAGACCAUUGUUAGCAGAAGAAGUGCUGUGAUAAAAAGAUUAAAAAAUAAGAAUUAGAACGGUCGGUUUUUACAAAUCUUCUAGUUAUAUUUUAGACUGGAUAUACACUAAUUCUACACCAAAAACAACCAAGAAUUAUUUGUCUUGGUGCUCAUGACUUGAAUGAAUCGGCUUUUCAUUUAGCUGACUAACCUAGCUAGCUAGCUAAAGAAGGAGACACAAGAGGCUGCUCGGCUAUCAUUUGGUUUAACGUUACAGCAUAUUGGCAGUGUUAUAUGUUUUAAUGCUGUAGCUGGGCUUUUAAUGUUUUAAUCGCAGCAGUCGAAGUUGUAUUUAUUAGAACUAGUCGCUUAUUUAUUGUCACACUGACGACCAGUCUGCAAGAGCCGAAGACAGGAGGAGAGAUGGCGAGCUCGGUGGGAAACGUGGCCGACAGCACAGAACCAACAAAACAUAUGCUUUCCUUCCAAGGGUUGGCUGAGCUGGCACACCGCGAGUAUCAGUCAGGCGAUUUUGAGGCAGCAGAGCGCCACUGCAUGCAGCUGUGGAGGCAAGAGCCAGACAAUACCGGUGUUCUGCUGCUGCUUUCUUCCAUCCACUUCCAGUGCCGCAGACUCGACAGGUCUGCUCACUUCAGCACUCUGGCCAUCAAGCAGAAUCCCAUGCUUGCUGAGGCCUACUCCAACCUGGGCAAUGUGUUUAAGGAGCGUGGUCAGCUGCAGGAGGCGAUUGAGCAUUAUCGUCAUGCGCUGCGCCUCAAGCCGGACUUCAUCGAUGGAUAUAUCAACCUGGCAGCGGCUCUGGUUGCAGCAGGAGACAUGGAAGGUGCUGUGCAGGCUUAUGUAUCUGCUCUCCAGUACAACCCGGAUCUGUAUUGUGUUCGCAGCGAUUUGGGCAACCUUCUUAAAGCUCUUGGGCGUUUGGAAGAGGCAAAGGCUUGCUACCUGAAGGCAAUUGAGACUCAGCCAAACUUUGCCGUGGCAUGGAGUAACCUGGGUUGCGUGUUCAAUGCUCAGGGAGAGAUCUGGCUGGCCAUUCAUCAUUUUGAGAAGGCAGUAACCUUGGAUCCAAAUUUUUUGGAUGCUUACAUAAACUUGGGCAACGUGCUUAAAGAAGCCCGUAUCUUUGACAGAGCUGUUGCUGGUUAUCUGCGAGCCCUCAGUCUGAGCCCCAACCAUGCUGUAGUCCAUGGGAACUUGGCCUGCGUGUACUACGAGCAGGGACUGAUAGAUUUGGCCAUUGACACCUAUCGACGUGCUAUUGAGCUGCAGCCUCACUUCCCUGAUGCUUACUGCAAUCUUGCCAAUGCUCUUAAGGAAAAAGGCAAUGUGUCAGAGGCAGAGGAAUGUUACAACACAGCAUUGCGUCUUUGCCCCACACAUGCUGACUCGCUCAAUAACCUGGCCAACAUCAAGCGGGAGCAAGGCAAUAUUGAAGAUGCUGUCCAGCUGUACAGGAAAGCUCUUGAGGUGUUCCCAGAGUUUGCUGCAGCCCACUCCAACCUUGCCAGCGUCCUUCAACAGCAGGGCAAACUGCAAGAAGCCCUCAUGCAUUACAAAGAAGCUAUCAGGAUAAGCCCCACCUUCGCUGAUGCUUACUCCAACAUGGGAAACACACUAAAAGAGAUGCAGGAUGUGCAGGGGGCGCUGCAGUGCUACACACGUGCUAUUCAGAUCAACCCUGCAUUUGCAGAUGCUCACAGCAACUUGGCCUCAAUACACAAGGACUCUGGGAAUAUUCCAGAAGCUAUUGCAUCUUAUCGCACUGCAUUGAAGCUCAAACCUGACUUCCCGGACGCUUACUGCAAUCUUGCUCACUGCCUACAGAUUGUAUGUGACUGGACCGAUUACGAUGAGCGCAUGAAGAAGUUAGUUAGCAUUGUGGCUGACCAGUUGGAAAAGAACCGUCUUCCUUCAGUUCAUCCUCAUCACAGCAUGUUGUAUCCUCUUUCCCAUGGCUUCCGUAAAGCCAUCGCUGAGAGGCAUGGCAACCUCUGCUUGGAUAAAAUCAAUGCUCUUCAUAAACCUGCCUAUGAGCAUCCUAAGGACUUGAAAGCAAGUGGAGGGCGUUUGCGUAUUGCCUAUGUUAGCUCGGACUUUGGCAACCACCCCACCUCCCAUCUCAUGCAAUCCAUUCCUGGCAUGCAUAACUCUGAGAAGUUUGAGGUGUUCUGCUAUGCCCUCAGUCCUGAUGAUGGCACUAACUUCAGAGUAAAAGUAAUGGCCGAGGCUCAUCACUUCACUGAUCUUUCCCAGAUUCCCUGCAAUGGCAAAGCUGCAGACAGAAUCCACCAAGAUGGAAUUCACAUCCUAGUUAAUAUGAAUGGCUAUACCAAGGGAGCCCGUAAUGAGCUGUUUGCCUUGCGCCCAGCUCCCAUUCAGGUAAUGUGGCUUGGCUACCCGGGCACCAGUGGAGCUCCCUUUAUGGACUACAUCAUUACCGAUAAGGAGACGUCUCCAGCUGAGCUGGCUGAGCAGUAUUCUGAGAAGAUGGCCUACAUGCCUAAUACUUUCUUUAUUGGGGAUCAUGCUAACAUGUUUCCACACCUGAAGAAAAAGGCUGUGAUUGACUUUAAGUCCAAUGGACACAUUUUUGACAAUCGCAUCAUACUGAAUGGAAUUGAUCUUAAAGUCUUUUUAGACAGCCUACCUGAUGUCAAGGUCAUCAAAAUGGAGUGUGAUAGCCAGGAGUCCACAGAUAGUAACGGAGCCCUCUCCAUGCCAGUCAUCCCAAUGAACACGGCUGCUGAGGCCAUUAUAAACAUGAUCAACCAAGGCCAGAUCCAAGUCACCAUCAACAGUUUCACAGUCAGCAAUGGCUUAGCUACCACUCAGAUCAAUAACAAGGCUGCCACAGGAGAAGAGGUUCCUAGAACAAUUGUGGUGACCACUCGCUCUCAGUAUGGCCUACCUGAGGACUCCAUUGUCUACUGUAACUUCAACCAACUCUACAAGAUUGACCCUCCGACUCUGCAGAUGUGGGCUAAUAUUCUGAAACGUGUGCCAAACAGCGUUCUCUGGUUGUUGCGCUUCCCUGCUGUGGGUGAGCCCAACAUCCAGCAGUAUGCCCAGAACAUGGGCCUGCCUGCCAACCGCAUCAUCUUCUCCCCUGUUGCCCCUAAAGAGGAGCAUGUAAGGCGUGGCCAGCUGGCUGAUGUCUGCCUUGACACGCCUCUCUGCAAUGGCCACACUACUGGCAUGGAUGUGCUCUGGGCUGGCACGCCAAUGGUCACAAUGCCAGGUGAGACACUUGCUUCCCGUGUGGCUGCCUCUCAGCUGACUUGCCUUGGCUGCCCUGAGCUCAUUGCACAGGGUCGUCAGGAGUAUGAAGAUGUGGCCGUUAAGCUCGGCACAGACAUGGAGUUUUUGAAGAAGGUUCGAUCCAGAGUGUGGAAACAGCGUAUCUGCAGCCCGCUUUUCAACACCAAGCAGUACACCGUAGAACUAGAGCGCAUGUACCUGCAGAUGUGGGAGCACCAUGCAACAGGUGCCAAACCUGAACACCUGUUGAAGAUGCAGCUGCUUGACAGCAGUGAAAGCGCCUGAGCUGCCCCUUUUCCCUCCACAAGUUACCAAAUACCCACGCUUCUUCAUUUUUAUCAGUGUCAGAGACUCCAUAGAGCCUGCUGUUGAGCACCAUCACUAUGAUCUGACCCUUUAGCCACAGAUUUAAUUUCUUGGAGCCAGCGAGGAGAGCGUGAUGAUGGAAACUCCUUCACUGAGACUCCUUUCCCCAAGAAAUCCCACACGCAUUGGCUUCAUUUCCGCUGCUUCUCUCUUCUGCUUGGGUGUGAACUUUUGAAGACAGAGCAAUCUUAUGUCAAAUUAUGACCUUCGUGUCUUUAGAUGAAGGGUUUUUUUCUUUUUCUUAUGUGCCACAGGGACACUUUGGUAUGUUGCUAAAAUUAAUGAUGGCUUUAACAUGCUAACGUGAAUGUUUGCCUUUUUAGUUAGCAGAUAUAUUUCUUUAUGAAUUUUAGUCUGUUCUUCAUAACCUGGAAUAGAUAAGUGAAUUAUGAUUCUCCAUUUCUUUUCUUUUUUUUUUUUCCUUCAUGUUAGUAAUAUUUUCAGUUUUAUCUUUUCGUGAGACAUGCCCAGAAUGUCUAUGGAGAAGCUAGAAUGAAGACCUUCUCACUGCAGAUCUGAUAAUAGCCUGCAGACUACCCAUAAAGUUCAUCCUAAAUGCUAAUUUCUUUUAUUAUUUUUACCAGAAAGGUUCGAGGUAAGUAUUUAAGUCCAUCAUUUUGUACAGUCUUCCUCUCAGUCAUUUUAUUUAUGCUUUGUCAAUGAAAGUGCAAGGCUCUUACAUAAGCUGAAAUAAUAAAGAAAUGUGGCAAACUCUCCGAA